AUGUCAGAUGGCUAUACUGUCAAACAAGAAGCGAUUGGAGAUGACGCCCCUGAGCCGGCCAGGGUGAUGGCGAAUGGGGUGAAUGGUGUUGCGAGUGGGAGUGGGGUGAAUGGGGAUGGGCAGAGGUUGUUCAAGAGGGAAGAUGCGUGGACGCCUACGCCUACUGCGAGAGGGUCGGCGACUCCGACAUCAUAUACCUCCACUCCUUCCCGCCACUACGCUCCACCGCCACCACAAAGUCAGCAAAAUCAACAACAGAAACCCGUCCAAGCUACACCGAAAGCGUUCCCCGGUCAAGUCGACGCCGAGCAGGGGAGCAGUACGGGAGGGAGUGGCUGGGAGAAGCAAUUAGCAGGGAGGAAGAGGAAGUGGGGUGUUAUGGGCUUUGGAAAGGACGAGCAGGAGGCUUUGGCCGACUCUUGGACAUCGCUGCAUCUGGCUGUAGAGUUGGAUCAGGAUGCGACCCUCAACCCACCACCACCAACACGAUUUACAUCAGUAGAGGACGCGGUUCAGAGAUUAUUGCCGUAUCACAUCUGGCAGGUGCAUGACGAGGAACUGAAUACGUGGGACAAGGCGGAUGUAGCGAGAGAAACAAAAGAAGCAUCCGAGCUGUUACUACGGUUGAAGAAUAUAAAAUCGCGAUUCGCCAAAGCACUCCUCCGCGAAGACGACCGCCCGGCCCCCCUGCCCUCCGCUAUCAAUUUCCUCCAAACCUCCCAUUCCGCCGUGCGCGACCAAGUCUCAUACUUGCAGUCCAACCUCCGGCACUCAAAACAACAGUGGUCGUACUUGGACCAGGAGCAAAGACGGGUGGCAGAAGUAAGGAGGAAGGCGAGGGAAGAUGAAGAGGCGAUGAAGAGGGUGGUGGGGAUGGCUAUGCAGGAGGCUGUGAGACCUUUGGGGCCGGGAAGUGGGGGGACAGUGUCCAGACCGUCGAUACCGGCGCAACAAGCCCGUCCGCCUAUACAAGAGUCUCCGACGAAACGUACUCGAGGCAGACCACCAGGGACAGGCAGGCUUCAGCUCGCCGCGAGCUCGGGGUCAAAUCUCCAAGCUGUUGCCAGUCCGAAUGGGAACCCGAUUCGCUCUGCAGCAGGGUCGCCCGGCAGUGCGACUGGAGCCAUGACGCCUGGGGGACGGACGGGUACGCCUACGCCUGGGGUGAAUGGGGCGGGUACGCCGGGGAGACCGCCGCCACCGCCUCAGGGGCCUGUUUCUUUGACCAUCAACAUAUCAUUACUCCCCCAACUGGUCAGUAUUGGCCUGAUCCCUUCCACUCCCGUCCAAGCCACGCCAGCUGCCAGUUCACAGAAAUGGCCGGCUACCAUUAUCAAAACGUUGGAUGACAAGAAGAGCGUCCAAGUCUCCAUCAAUCUUGGACUCUGUACGAAACCCCAACUACUGAGUCUGGCCAAGAUAUUGAACGUAAAAGGUUCAACGCCUUCUGCACCUUCGACUCCCAGUUCGACGGCGGGUGCUGGGCCGUCGCAAUGA